AUGCACUAUCAAGAACAGAUGGAGUCUCUUAUGUUGGGUGAAGAACGCAGACGCGGAAAUUGCGCUAGGGACGCAGAUGCAGAUGAAGGUUUUAUAUCUCCCUCUUCUUUUCCAAACUCUCCUGACGAUUCGGCCCGUCGUGGUUCAUUUUCUUUAAGGAGAGGACUGUCUAAACAUUACAAAGGUAAAUCACAAUCAUUCACUUCGUUGUCGGAAGCGCUAACCGUAGAAGAUCUCGCGAAACCUGAGAAUCCUUUCAACGCAAAACUAAAGCAGCGACGGGAGAACCUUCACUGUCGUCGAUUCUCCGGACCUGGCGGCGCAUCAGAGAGAAACUUAGGCGGCCAAGAUGAUUUCCUAGCCGGAAACGAUAGGCCGCCGCGACUUUCUGGUAACAGGCCGCCUAGAGCCCAGACGCUCUCUGCCGCUCAUAUAUCGUCUUUGGUUACUCGAAGCUAA